CAAGCAACUACGAGGGUUUUCUUAGUGGCGCCAGUGAUUAUUUUUCAAACUUGAGCAGGGAAAUGGCACUUGGCACGACGCAAUAGAGACCAUCCUGCAACGCUAACCCCAGCGCCCGGAGGACACGCCAUCAUGUCGGAAGUAGACGACUUGGUCGACAUUCUCGUGAAGACCCGGGGAUGCAAGCUGCUCGCGGACAAGGGUCGGCAGUGGGCGCCGGUGAUCGAAUCGCUGACGCUCGGCGUGAUCGUGCUCCUUGCGUUCUGCAUUCGGCUCUUCGCGGUCAUCCGCUUUGAAGCGGUGAUCCAUGAGUUUGACCCGCACUUCAACUGGCGCACGACGGAGUACCUGGCGGAGCACGGGUUUGUGGAAUUCUGGAACUGGUUCGACAACUUUACGUGGUACCCGCUGGGACGCGUGGUGGGGAACACGCUGUUCCCCGGUUUGAUGACCACCUCGACCCUGAUCAACUGGUGCCUCAAUGGAAUCGGGCUGCGGAUUUCCGUCCUGGAAACGUGCGUCUUCUUCGCCCCGCUAUUCGCCGGGUUCACCUCGAUUGCGGCGUACCUGUUGACGAAGGAGGUUCUUCGAACAUUUUUACUUUACCGAGUACUUAAACAAAAGUUCUUCUCGAAUAUAAACGACCGUUUGAAGAUCUACGACCUUCCUGGUAAUUCAGAAAGUACUGACAGAACACCUUGAUGUUGCCAACAUAGGUGACAAAUCGCCCCGAAUCCGGCCUUUUCGCGGCGCUCUUCAUGGCAAUUUGCCCGAGCUACCUGUCUCGAAGCGUGGCCGGCUCCUACGACAACGAGGCAUGCGCAAUCUUUGCGAUUGUGUUUUCGUUCUACGCGUUCACGAUGGCGGUAAAGUCGGGGAGUAUCCUGUGGGGGCUGUUUGCCGCAUUCGCCUUUCUCUACAUGGUGGCGAGUUGGGGCGGCUACAUCUUCGUGCUAAACACCAUCGCGAUCUACAUGGUAUAAAUAUGUGUUGGUAGAGGCGGCAAGACGAUAACGGAAAUUCUCCAACGCAUUGAUCUAUUUGGCGAAGCUGCGCAUGAAAAUCAGUAAACACAUUUUUUUUUUCUUCGAACAUCACCCAGGUCCUCGUCCUGCUGAUCGGCACGUUUUCCGCUCGGCACUACGUUGCAUACUCGCUUUUUUACGUGAUCGGGACAAUUCUGUGUUUGAACAUUCCCUUCGUCAACUUCCAAGCAGUGAGUUCCUCGGAGCACCUCGCGAGUCACGGCGUGUUUCUAGUGAUGAACUGCUAUUACGGCACGCGCUUCGUCUCGCAGUACUUCAGUCGCCGACUCUUCUACUUUCUCAUGAAGCUAUCGGCGGUCGGCGUAGCCAGCUGCUUUCUCGUCCUCGUGGCGUACCUCACGGUACUGGAGGUUUUGUGUAAUGUUUACUUCAAUGAAGAGGGUUUGGCUUUUCCUGUUUCGAUAUCUGUACACCGUUGAGUCUUGUCUAUGAGUACACGCCGCAACAUCAUACAUCUGUCCAGCCUCGAAAAAAUGACAGUCAAACUAUUUCACAGGUAACCGGGAAGACAAACUGGUCCGGGCGGUCGCUGUCCCUCCUAGAUCCGACGUACGCAAAGAAGUACAUCCCCAUCAUUGCGUCGGUCAGCGAGCACCAGCCGUCGACCUGGGCCAACUACGUGAUGGACCUCCACAUCCUGCCUUUCCUACUCCCGGUCGGAAUUUUCUUCUGCUUUCGCUGGGCGUCCGAUGCGUCUCUGAUUUUGGGCAUCUACGGGGUGGUCGCGGUGUAUUUUAGCGGCAUGAUGAUCCGGUUGCUCUUGGUCCUUUCGGCCGCCGCCUGCUGUCUCGGUGGCGUUGCGGCCAGCGAGAUCCUUUCUUCCCUGCUCCCGCAGCUGCGGCACAAAGCCACGUGGGACGGCAGCGCGGUGCGGAGCGCGCUGGGGCUGCAGCGGUUCGAGAAAAAUGCCGAAACCGGGUCAGUGAAGAAAAUCGGAGAAAAAGAGUCAUUUGGUAGCAGCGACAAAAAUGGAGACAGUAAUCACGAAAAUGAUUCGGCGGAAUCCGCAGAAGCCCCCUCAGCCUGUUCCUCGUCUCCGUCCUUCCACUCGACCAGCAAGUUGAUCACAAUCAUCGGAACCUCGUUUUUGUUCUACCUGCUGAAGAAUUUCGUGCAACAUUGCACCUGGAUGAGCGCCGCGGCCUACAGCAACCCCUCGGUCGUGAUGGAGCACCGGGACCCUCGGAGCGGCACGCGGAUCAUCCAGGACGACUUCCUAUCAACUGUAAAAAUGUCUGGGUCUGGAAGAAUGCAACUUGUAAUGCGUACUUCAGAACACAGAAAAGUCUCUCAUGCAUACGUAGCAAAAGCUCCCACUUUUUGUCUGCAAAAUAGGGGACUUGUCAUGCGGAUUCGGCAUUGCGGAAGGCUCUCGAAACCUGUGAUGCUAGAGCUUCCAUUCCAGACCUUCUGUGUCAUGCAAAAACAGCAUGACUCUUCCAGACCCAGACAUUUUUGCAAUCCAUACUUCCGGGAAGCGUACUACUGGAUCCGGCAGAACACGCACCAGAAAGCGACCAUCGCCUCGUGGUGGGACUACGGCUACCAAAUCACCAGUUUGGCGAACCGCACGGUGAUCGUGGACAACAACACCUGGAACAACACCCACAUCGCCACGAUCGGGCUCAUGCUGGGCAGCAACGAGAAGGACGCCUUCAUGAUCCUGGACCGCCUUGACGUGGACUACGUUCUCGUGCUGUCCGGCGGGGUGGCACGCUACGCCUCGGACGACAUUGCGAAGUUCCUGUGGCCCGUGCGGAUCGCCAACGGGGUCUACCCGGACAAGAUUGCGGAGUCCGACUUUAUCGGCAUGCACGGGUACUCCGUCGACUACAUGGCGACGGAGAAGUUCAAGAAUUCCGUCAUGUACAAGCUGUGCUACUACCGCAUGGGCGAGAUCACCGGCAACCGCGACUUUGCGCGCAACCAGGAGAUCGGCGCGCCGGAGUUGAAGCUGCAGUACUUCGACGAGGCCUUCACCACGGAGAACUGGAUCGUGCGGAUUUACAAAGUGAGAAAACCGGCCAACCGCGCCCCGCUUUUGAACGGGCUCAGCGGCAGCUUUUCGCUUCCGAAGGUGAAAGCGAUCGCGGGCGGGGAGGAAGCUACGACGACGCCGUCGAAAAAGGGGACCAAGGGCACUGGUGGCAGCAAAGCAACCAAAACUACCAAAACUUCAAGCACAACGAAAACUGUGGAGGCCCCGAGGGCGACAAGGUCCUCGAGCAGUAGCACUACUACCUCUAGUACCAGUACCACAACUACGACGAAGAAAAAGAAUUCGAAGAAGGCGGCCAAGAAGGCGGGAGAGAAAGACGCGGCGAAAGAAAAAGAUAAAACUGCGGCCGGAGCACCUGUGAGCACAAAGGCGUCAAAAAGGGAGAAAAAGUCAAGUACAGAGACUUCGACGACAACGCGAACUGCUACGAGGACAGCUGCGGAAAAGAAGGCAGCCGCAAAGGAUAAAACCGCGAAGAAUUCGCCGGAAAAGAAGAAGAAAAAGAAGAAGACAAAAAAGUAG